AUGUCUCUGUGGAGGAUAAGACAACAAUGGCAGCACCCAAUUGGCUUGCUGAGGGUGUUUUCACACUGCUGUCAGUUAUCCGUGAAGCAAAUGCCACCCCGGCCCAAACUGGAUCUGUCAGAAGUCACCGGCAGCUAUCUGAAAGGAACAGGGCCUGGAGGACAGGCAAUUAACAAAACAAACUCGGCGGUCCAACUCAUUCACAAGCCCACAGGAAUCGUUGUCAAAUCUCAGGCGACGAGAUCACGCACGCAGAACCAAAAGAUAGCCAUGGGUAUCUUAGCGGAAAAGGUCGAGCUACAGCUAAAGGGUGAGCAAAGUCGGGCUGCUAUUAAAGCUGAGGCGAAGAAGAAAAAGAAGGCUAGUAGAGAGAAGAAGGCACGGAGGAAGUACAGGAGAUUGGAGGAAGAGAAGAGAAAGCUGGGAGUGGAAGCGGAAGAGAGAAAGGAAGAGGGCAGUGAGGAGGUGGACUCGACAGAGUCGGAUGAGCCGGUGGACGGCUAUGAAGGAGUGAAUCCGGAUAGGAAGGAAAGCGCCAUCCUCAUUGCUCUACGAGUGAUCUGA